AACUUUUCUCGCAUAAACCCCCGUAACCUACAAUCCGCAUUCGACGACGAUUGUUGCUGCCAUCUGGUUGUUUUUUUGUUUUUUGGUUUAUAACACGUCGCGACACCUGCACAAUCCAGCUUUGUCAGAGCUACCUCUGACAAAUGAUCAGUAGGUGUUUCUUUGCUUCGAAAAUUGAUAAAAAUAAUUCGGAGAACUCGAUGGAAAAAAAGUGUGUUAUGUUUACAUUUAGGUAGUACUUAGCUUCAAAAGCAAUACAAUCAUUAUCCAAGCUCAGCCUAAAAACUGCGAAAAAUGGCGCUUCAAAAAUACAACUAUGCAAAAUCAUCAAUUAAUAGAUGGAUAUAAACAAGUUCCACGUUUGUAAAAACGUCAUCAGAUAAACAGACCAAAAUAUGGCAGCUCUGGGAAUAAUUGCCAAAGCUGUGGAAAAUCUACGGAGCUUGCAAAUUCAAGAAUCAUUGGCCACUGAUCAUGAAGACAAAAAAAAAGAAAAGAUAGCCAACUGCAUGGCUUUGACAAAUGGGAUAUCCAUAGCAAGUGUCAAAGCUGCACCACAGGCACUAAAUCUUUCCAUUGAAACUCUACUCUGUUUAUGCGAUGACUCCGAUUCAGAUGUUAGAACUGUAGCAGAUGAAUGUCUGAAUAAAAUAAUAAGAGCAAUAGCUGAUAGUUAUGUUUUAAAAGUGCAAUUUGAAUUAUACCGUGAAAUUAAGAGAAACGGUGCAGCUCGCUGCUUAAGAGCAGCACUAUGGAGAUUUGGUUUGCUUAGUCAUAUGAUCAGGCCUGUGAAAGCUAAAGUGUUUGCAUUGCAAUUGACACCAUGUAUUCUUGAAAUUGCCAAACGUAGAGAAGAUAUAGUAAUAGACACUCUUUCGCAAUCAUUACCAUUAAUAUUAAAAACAUUGGGUCAUUAUAUACCUGAUAAAGACAUACAGGCUUUGUUAGAAGCAUUUUUUAAAAAUGUGACUUCAAGUGAAGCUAUUCUAAGAAGAGCUUCAGCCAACAUGAUUUUAGUUACUUGUUUAAAUUGUCGUAAACCAUUACAGUUUAUGAACUAUGUGAUAGAAGUGUUGACAGAUAUGUUAUCUCGAGUUGCUGAGGGAAACAUGGAAGAGGAGGAAGGAAAAGACGAUCGUGUUAAUAUGAUUCUUGGUGUUUUUGCCUGUUUACGGUUGAUAUUACCAAGUAUUGAUGCAAAUUCAGACCUUACUCAAGAUUUUAAUGAAGAUCAUAUACUUGAUCACCAUAUUUGUAUAUAUGAACUGAGUUUAUUUUAUACCAAAUUCUAUACAAAUCAUAAUGUGAUAAAUGCUGCUCUUGAGACUCUAGCACAGCUGUUACAAAAUCCACCUAAAAAUGUUGUGAGUGCAUUGUUGUCUAAAGAUGGAAUAACUCAACGUAUUAAUAAGCUUAAAGAAAGAGGAAAACAGUGGCCAAGUAGAAUAAGUCUCUCAACCACUGUUUAUUCUGAAGAUAAUUUAGAAUCCUCAUCGAAUCUCUUUGAAUCUGAUAUUAUGGACAUUCCAGAAAUAGCUCCAAAAGUUGAAAAAUGGAUGACAGAUAUCGCUGACGUUAUGCCAACAGUGGAAAAGGCACCAAGUAAACUUGAUAUAUCAGACUCUAGUCAAAUUAUUGAUACCAAAGAUAUUGAUGAUUACAGUGGUCUCAUUAUUGGUUCUAUUGAAAAUGAAAGCAUGGAGUUAGAAAGUAAUGCCGGUAGCGACGUGGGUAGAUUCGAGAAACCAAUAGACACCAGUUUACUUCAUUGUUCAGACCCAAAGGAGGUCGAAGAAGACCUCGACGAUACCACUGUAUCCAUCGUGUCCACUCACGAUGUGUCUUUGCAUCAAUUUAUGUUGCAGCGCAACGACCUGGCGAUUGGCAGUUUGCUGGACAAUGACGUAUCACUUCACUACUGUUGUCGCUUUCUCGUCUCAUCCUUUUUGCUUACGGGCAGUCCGGGUCAGCUUAUUCCAGACAAGCACUUCCGUGUGAGUGUAAAGUCCUUGGCCCUGACAUGUGUCGGUAAUAUGCUCAAACUCUAUCCGAAGAUGUUGUAUGACAGUUUGAAAAAAAUUCCAAGGAAGGACCCACAAGUUGAAGAUCGGCAGAUGAUAUCGGAUAUUUUGUUGUUUUUCAAACAUUCAGAUCCACAAAUUAGAGGAAACGUACUGCUAGCUGUCGGUUACUUUUUACAAGGAAUUUUUCUGCAGAAUAAUGGGUGCUUUAGUAAGGAGAGUUCCGAGAGUUCAGUUACGAUAGAGAAUCUCAUACAGUUAAUAUUAAAGGGUCUCGAGGACGAAUCCGCAACUACGUGUCGUCAGACAUUGACUGCUCUUGGUAUGUUUCUGCCUAGUCUUCUAGAAUCUGAAGAAAGUAAAUACGCAAUACUCGUUUUGAAAGUGCUUCCGAGUUUAGUGAAAAAUCCAUAUUUUCUUGUAAAGAUAAAAUUACUAGAAAUUGUUAGCGAACUUCCGUACACGACAAUUGAGCAUGUCUGCGGUGAACUGCAGUUUCAAGAAAACAUCGUCAACGUACUUUUAAAAUUGCUCAGCGAUCAGGAUCAACGAGUUCGCAAGGCAGCUGGCAUUGCAAUUACUAAGAUCGUGCCUUGCCUGUACUCCCAGAGUCCGCACGAAGACGCAGUAACUCGCAAAGCGAGUCUCUACGCCGAACGCUAUCUGACCUGCGUCGUGGGCGGCCCCACGGACCCUACAACCCCCUUCUACAUCGAGCACAAGCUCUUGAUCAACAGCCUGGUAUCGCCGUAUGAUGUUCUGUUUCGUAGUUCCUCGCAGGAUCGAGGCUCACGCGAACGGACCGACGAGGCGCUGUCCAGGAUUCUCGGUCAUCUAGUCGAUAGACUAUUGGUCCCUUCCACGAAGUACACGGCUUAUGGAUGCUGCGAGGCACUGAGUUUGCUGAGCGAGACUUUUUUGACGACAAUCUAUCCGAAAGCUUGGGACUGCUUCGUGCCGGCAGGUAGGGUCGCCGUAAAGAAAGCAGUCAAGAAGACAGCUGUUAGGCCUGACUCUGCUGAUUGCUGUUUUGGCUUCACAAACGAGAUGCUCUCACCGAUCUCCAACAACCUCUUCUGCCAGUCGAUAAUUCUUCUCAGUUCGUCACCACUGAGCCUUGAUCUGUGUAUGCACCGUCAUCUGCUACUGCUGGCCGGUAACAUAGCUUCCGGCAUCGCCACUACAAAUUCUCGACAGAUGCACGCCAGUAACUCAAGCUCCAGCAGUACGAGUUCCAAAAGCGAAACUGAGACAACCGGGGGAGACUUCAAGUACUGGACUUUUUUCAAGGACAAGCAAAGUUCGAGGAACAUGGAGCAGCUGCUCGUACAUGUCAUGCGCGUGCUCAAUAUCUUUCAGCACGUAGUUGAAGAUUUGCCAUCGCCGAUACAGACAGUCUCCAAGUCCUCGCUGGCUUCUCUAUCUCCAGCGCAGUCGCUCUCGCCGAAGCGCAAGCUCCUGCCGGAUCACCAAUCCUCCAAGUCGAAAUCAUCGUCCUCCUCAUCCGGUUCCUCGGAGCACCACCAUCGACUGGGCUUUCGUUUUGGCGGUAAAGAGCAGAUGGGCUCGCUCUCCAAUAACGCACAUUAUCUGCGAUUGUACGAGCUUCUUCGAGCGGCUCACGCAAACUACCGGGUGACGUUGGACCAGGAUGCCAGCGAGCUGUAUGUUGGCCUAUUGAAUGCCUGCCUCCAGGUACUCUCGCAGAUCCUCGAGGUGGCGAGUAUUAACGAGGCCGGUCGUAUUGCCGAGGAACUGUUGUCAUAUCUCCAGUCGACAGUUCUGCUGUCCUCUACGUAUACGGUCCAAUGCGUCAGGCAGUUGCUGAAGUGUCUCUUUGGGACUAACCUUGUAGCCCGAUGGCAAGAUAUCUAUGACGCUCAAGCUAAGCAGGAGAAGAGGGAGAACAGUGGGUUACAAGAUGAAGAGUUUCGGAAAGCUGAGUUUGAGGUUGAGAGAGGAUUCUAUGAGCAGUGUUUUCAGAAGCCGGCGAAGCUGAUGGUUGAGAGGAUCAAGGGAAUUGGAAGCAAUUGUAGAGGGGGCAACGAACCCGAUGCAACACAUCGUACUCUGGUGACUUCACUACAUCGCAAAGAGGACCGGAAAGUAUCUUCGAUUUUGAAAAUGCUCAGCCGAAAUUCUGACCAAAACUCCGUGGGCUCUUUCAUUCGUCUCUUUGAACCUCUGGUCAUCAAGUCUCUUAUUCAGUAUACAAUCUCCAAUUCAGUACCGCUGCAGUGCCAAGUAUUGAUGCUUCUUAGUCAGCUCGUCCAACUGCACAUCAACUAUUGCUUGAUGGAUUCGGACAAGAUCUUCAUUGGUUUUGUUAUGAAGCAAUUCGAAUUUAUCGAGGAGGGACACAUCGGUCUGACAGAGCAGUUAUUACCACGGAUAUUCGACUUUUUGGUUCGACUUUCAUACGAGAAGUACCAUUCUAAACUGAUCAUCGGUGUUCCAAAGAUAAUCCAGCUGUGCGACGGUCUUAUGGCCAGUGGACAACCGCCGUUAACUCAUUGCAUUCCAGCCUUAGUGCCCGUAGUAGAGGAGAUGUUCUUAGCCAGGAACACUCCGGCUAAUGUUAGUGAGGAAAAGGAACUGGAAACGACGAGAGAAGUGCUCAUCUCGAUGAUGCUCAGGCUUGUUGAAUAUCCACAGAUUAUAGAAUUGUUAGCAAAAUGCUUGACGGAAUCGAGACUGAGCAAUGACGGUAAUGGUGAAGAGAAGUGGAGGCGCUGGUCGAGGCAAACAAUGGACACGUUGUUGCCAAUGCUUGCAACUCGUAAGGUACGCGUCGAGUCGAAGAGAGCCUACUUUGCUUUGGUGAAACUUUUUUCGGCUGUAUCUCCAACUGUAUUUAGACCGGUAGAUCCCUUGCUUCGAGUGUUAUUUACGAUGCCACCGCCAGUUGGAAAGAACCUGAUAUCGUGUUCACAGUAUAAUGUGCCAUCGACUAGUAAGAACAUCUUGGAAUUCAAACGGUGGAUUGGCAUGGUAAACUUGAUAAUUAUGUCGCUGAUUUCUUACGCCAAAGAAGAAGUCAUGCUGGCUAGGCUAUCGGAUGUAACUUCCUCUGUAACAGACCUACCCGAGAUUCUCUUGAUCCCUGAUUCCAGCCGUCCAAUUAGUGGUGACCCUUUGAACGUAUCAGGGCUUCUGGAAUCAUUUUCUAUGCCACCAGAGAGGAUACUUGCAAGGUUCAUCUUUCGGGUUAUAGGAUCUAUGAGCUCUGCAUUUGUUGAAAUGUUUCAGGGUGCAAAGUUGAAACCGUUAAAUGAUACCAAUGAGUCCGACGAAGAUGAGUAUGUCAUACACCAAUUUACUCUUUUACUGCAACUUUGCAUACACAUGUUCGAGACUGGCAGCCACUGUAAAGUGGCCAAUGCCAGUAUGCAAUUGGUGAAGGGUGACAACAUUCCAAAAGACGAGAGACUGUCGCUUAACGAUUUGAACGAAGUGAUGAUGGAAAUUGGUAGCAGUUGUCCUAUUCUCACUUGUCAGUGGACAUAUCUUCUAACACUGUUAGGAUUCGAUGACAUGAGUUUCUGGUCUAGAGUUAUUGGAUAUCCAUCAGACAAUGUCGAAGCUGAAAAAUCACUCGGCUCUAUAAACGCAAAGAUCCUGCGUCGUGCUUCCACGAUUCUAUUUUGCGACUAUGUUUGCGAGAACGUUUCUAGCGAUUCUGAACGGUUGAGUUGGUUAUUGCUUCACCACAUCGAAACGAUGAUAGGUCUGGCAGACGAGUCGCCUGUAAGAGAGCUAGUAGCUGUGGCCGUACAUCGUGACCCCGUGGCCAGUGGGCUCUUUCUGCGCGCAGUCUCCGAUAAUUGCUGUCGUAACGGCCAGUUGAUCGGCGGGCCAUCUUUUAUCAAAAAACUGCUGCAGUGCUUGGAAGGAGCACAUCAGAGCCAGUCGGGACAACUGUUAACGGUACUAGUUCCAAGGCUGCUACAGUCAAAGUAUCUGGCACUGUCGAGGAUGGCUGCGAAGAUUGCGAGCAGAAGAGUUGAAGUGCUUCUAGCUUUGGGAAAGGAGGAGGCUAUGAUGCAACUGUCAAGGGAAGAUUUCAAGGCUAUAAUGAAUGUGCUGAAAAAGGAAAAUAUGACGAAGAAGCACGGUGCACUGAUUGGAUUGUUAAAUAAAUUAGCAACUAGUCAUUACGAGUUAGAAGCAUUAGAAUUAGAUCAUUCAAAACCAUUCAAUCCGUUAGAAGUGAAGAGCAUUAAGCUGGAUCGAGCCUGGUAUUUAUCACAGGUGAGGUCUCGGUGUUGCAAUCCAUGCGUAAGUUACGGCUGUUACGAAUCAGCUUGGCUCCUGAACCAUUUAAAUCUAGACGAGUGCCUAGAAAUAUUUUCCCUUGACGACUUUAACGUAAAGUUGCUGCAAGAUUGCAUAAUUGUUGGAGCUCGGUUGACUGCUCAAGCUUCUCAACAAUUAGAGCUUGAUAGGAGUGUAAAACCUACUGACAAUAGCGAAAGUGUUCUCUACAAAGCCGCGAAAAUUAGCUUGAUAGGUCGACUACGAAGUAUUCUGCAAGAGUUGCCAGCUUCGCAUGAAAUUUUUCUUCCAAUUCAAAACCUGAAUGACAAACCAAAACAAUCAAACUAUACCUCGAAUCUCAGCUCACUUCUACUUGACAAGGCAUAUCGCACAUCCCUUUUCUUGCUGAUUCCAGCCGUGACGUCCUACAUCUCGUGUCUACCUAAGCUCUCCCACAGUCUGGAUGCUGUCCACGAAGAGUCGUUUGCUCGUUUCGCUUUGCUUUGUCUGGAGUCCGCGCAUUUUCUUCUUCUUCAACAAAUGACAACUCCUCGGGAGCUCGGGCUUUCUUUAAAGUGUGCCAGCAUAAUUCUGCAAGAUCCAUCGGCGAGUAGUGCCUUCGACUCUUCACCCGAACAUCACAGCUGGGUUUGCUCAGCCGCAGCGGCUCUUACCGAGAUCGUUGGGCACUUCUGUAAGUCUUCUGAUGACGACGAGCUACCCGGAAUCGAGAAGGGCUGCAGCGGACUGCAAGAAGCUUUAGAGGCUGGAAAAGAAACGAAGUCUUACGCCAUCGCGUGUCUCCGAAUGUCGAUGCUCGUGGCUUGGCUUGAGAAGAGGCAGAAGAGCGGAGAGGAAGGCAGGAGGCAAGAGAUCCCGUCGUUUUUCGCGAAGCCGAUUAAGAGUUUGAUCAUCAGUGUAGCCAGGCAGCCACUUGUUAACUCAUUUGUGCUCACACCUCCGUUGCUCUGGAAAAACGGCUGUGCCAUCGUAGGAACAGGUCCUACUAAAUGCCACUUCACUCUCUUCCUGUCGGAGCCAAACUACAUUCCUGAACUUGACGUCCUCGAGGAGUUCAUCUUUCGAAUAUCCCUACUGGGUUGGAACUCACGUCAGCAAUUCGAAGAAAUCUGGAUGGUAUUACUCGGCGUUUUAAACGUAUCGCAAUUGCAAAACGAAAUGGAAUCCGAGACGUCAACUAGUCUAAGCCACACAGCAAGUUUAGCUGUACAGGCUAUUGCGAAUCUCUUAGUGCAGACGUUACUGCUGCCAUGUCCAGGUAAUCCUAAUAAUGGAAUGCCGAUUAAACACACUAGAGAUCCACAACUGUCUCUGCAUAAGAAGAGCACGAAAAGGCUGUUCUUUGUGCAGGAUCUGUUGCUGUGGAAGUAUGAGAAUAGUAAUAUUGUAUCGACAGCUACUACUGUCCCAGUCCUCGAGCACUUGUUUAAUCGGGGUAAUCUGGAACCUCGUACUAUUGACCCACACAAUUAUAGCUACGGUCAAUUGUCUAUUUCCUAUCUCUGGUCGCUUUGUUCCUUGCAUGAAGACAAACUCAGCUCCUCCACGCUCUCCUUGAAAAAGCGCCGAGACGAGGCCUUAGCUGCGGCCUCCCUCGACGUCAACUCGUGUAUAAGAUUCUUACUCGAGCUUUACGCCUCGUGGAUGAGUGCAGGAACAAAACUCCCACCAAGACUGCUUUACGAGGUGGUAAAAUCUUUGCUGUUUGUCUCCGAAAUGUUUGUCGAACGAUCCCAAUUUCAAUGGAUGCUUGAAUCCUGCUUGGAAUUAUGGAAGGUUCACUUAGCAGAAGAUGAAAUUUUAAGGAAGCAUCUGAUCGUGGCUGUAUGCAAAGCCUCUGCUGUUUUAACACCUUUGGAUCCAGAAACAUUGGACAAAGUAAAACGUUCAGUAGAUGUAGGUCUAAAGGGUUCUUUAUCAAUGAGGAUAGCAACAUUACACGGAAUUUUGUAUAUACUGCAAAGCGCAGUACUAGCGAAUUGCGAAGAAACAAUGAGUGCUAUGCAUCCAUUGGCAAUAGAAUAUAUUCAACGUUAUAUUGAUCCUAGAGAUUCUAACAGUCAAAGUGAGGAACAUCAGUGUACACUCUGGGCUCUCGUAUUCUUUCUAUUAGAGCACGCAGAAGAUAGUCCUCCAGAUGUUGAAGCUCCAGCGGUAUUAGAACUCAUUCUUUCCUUAGUAUCUUCCCAAGGCAUAUCGACAUCUUUACACCGAAUGCUGCUUCAGGGUCUCGAGCGACUGGUCGCAACUAAGAGCGUAAUUGGAAAAGUUUCUGAACAAGUGGUAAAAAUUUCCAUCGAGCGCCUGCGCCAGGCAAACCCGGCGCUCUCAUUGCCUGCGCUCCAGCUCUUCCUCACCUGUAUGUAUACGGACACGGCCGACCGAUUUAAUCAACCGGAGCUUGAAGAGCCACUCCCUGACAUCGAGCCUGAGAUCCUCGUGCGCUCGAUUGAGAGGUCGGCGGUCAUCUUCGAUAAAAUCAAGAAAGGCUAUCCGAUGGAAGUCGAGAUUCUUUGUGCCGUGCUAUCUGAGGUGCUUAUCGAUUUCUUUCCUCCUCUGGAGAUCCUCACGAAGGUAAUAGGUGAAUUUCUCUCGCCACAACAACCACAUCCUAGGUUAAUGUCAGCAAUUGUUUUCAAGAUUUGCGAGAGAGCUUGCAACAGUACUCAACUAGGUUUACUUCAGACCUGGGUGGUUUUCAGUAUACAAAAUUUUAUUCAGAGCUUACCACUUAUCAUGUCUACGUGGUGCCUCUCUUGCUUUUUUAUAAGCACAUCAACAAACCCGUGGCUCCGAGCUCUAUUUCCUCACGUGCAAUCAAGAAUAGGAAAAUACGAAUAUGAGGAUAAAAAGAUUCUUUGUCUAGCAGCUUCCGAUUUUUACUCCCAGUUGACCAAUGAAUCGCAAAGGGAGACCUUUAUUAAAACGUUUGAGGAUGCUGCGAAAACUCCUGGUACACCAUUCGGUGACAUACUCGCCUCUUUUUGAAAAGCCUUUUUUGGCUGUUCUAGAUAUUUAUCUACCUCCUAUAGAGUAUACAGAUGUAUGCCGUAGAUUAUGGGUUUCUUUUAAUGAUUGUACAUUGUAUGAAGAUAAAGAAGAAAAUAAGGAAAAAAUGUAAGAUACGUCCCUGUUGAUACAAUCGCGUAUUAUUAAUAUAUUACAUUAUUAUAAUUAUGUUGAGAUUAUGAAUAAUAUGUGUAUCAGUUGGAAAGGUUGUUUUCAAAUAUAAAGAAACAAUAUUUUAUAAUUCAUAAAUUCUUUAUGCAACGAUUUUUUCCAUCAUGCACCAUCUUACUUUUGAUGUGAAAUAUCCAAUGCCAUGCUUCAGGUAUUGAUUUUUUCAGAAAAUUAAAUUAGCCAAUUGUCAAAAUUGUAACAUCAAGAAAUUUUUUUUUAAUCAAAUUGCAAUAUACUUCUUAUAUAUUAUUCCGAUCUUAAAAGAUAGAAUGCACGAUCUCGUUGUAUGCUAUAAAGUAAAAUUAAGUAAAUUGUUGCUAAAGCGUCA